AGGAUUUUCUAAAUACACCAAAUUUAUGAACUAUCAAUCUUUUUGUUGACAAGUUGAAAAUCAAAAAAAUAAUAGACUUUUAUCAAAAUUUUGGUGAUACACCCACGCAAAAAUGUUGGCCUUUUAUACAUUUUAAGAUUUUGAAAUGAAUGUUCAACGUGAUAAUAAUGUCUAGUGAUAGUGACUCUGAGGAAUUUUACGAUGCUGAGGAUAAUUCACCCAGUAGUGCAAGGAGAAGUAGGAAAAUUUCUAAGGAUAACAAUGUAGCCAAACGAGCAAGUUCUGAACCAAACAUAUCAGGCCUAAAAGAAGAAAAACAACAAGGCCCUAAUCCGCCUGAAUAUGAUACUACAAAACAGACUGAAGAUAGAUCAAAAGACGUUCCAAUUGGGGGAAGGAAAAAGUUUAAGGAACUUCGCCAAAGACUUCAACACGACGAUGAGGAUUAUCAGCCAGGAGGGAAUAUUACACCACCGAAUAGCCAGAAUUCAUCUGUAGAUGGAGUCUUUGCGGGUUCAAGCAGAGCUACUCAUCCUUUCCGUAUUAUAGAACAGGACACCGUUAGUUUGCAGAGUCUUAAUUCCUUAGGCAGAAUUGGUAGGAUACUAGGAGGAGUUCAAGAAAAUGAUCCAGGAAAGAAGACUGCAUCUGUUUCAGCGCUUUCAUCUAGUUCUUUGGAUUCAGAAUCGACGCAAAGUUCUAACAAACAAUAUCCAAGCACUCUAACUUUGUCUCCAGUGUUUUCCACAGGUCCCACGCAAGCUAGUUCCUCCGACAAAGCAUGUCUUCCGCUGCAAGAACCCGACGUGAUCGCUAGCACAAAAUCGUCACAAAAAAAUUUCGAUCCAUCACAUCCUCACGCUACGUCCAGUUUAGAUGCACCAAUCGCUCCACCUAGGCGCAAAAAGAAAAACAAAACGCCAACUGAAACACUGCCGCUCACAAAAUCCACUUCUAGCACUAAUUUCGAGUCCUCUGAACUUGCUAGUCCUGCUACCACUAUAGAAUCACUAACUAGAGAGUUUGAACAUUCUUUAGAUAGAUUGCCCUCGAUAAAGUCGACCAAAUCUGAUAAGAUCUUGGGGAGUGAGUCGCAGAGCUCCACCUUACGGUCCGGCCAUUCUUUGGACAUCAAACAAGCUUUGAAAGGGCAGUUCGUGGUGAAGCCGCAGGAUAAUGAGAGUCUAAGGGCCCGGCAGAGUUCCAAGGAAGACGUAGAUACUGACAGUCAGGAUAAGUUGACCGUUUCCACGGACAAGACGAACGUUAAUAGCAGUCCGAGGGGGUCUGGAAAUCGUAGCAGUGUUGGACAUUACAGUUUAGGACCUCAUAGGGGAACACAUCAAAAUGAUAGCAAACACUCAUCCAAAGAACGCAGAAAAUCCGCCGGUGACGAAAACUUCCUCAAAAACCUAACCACACAUGUCCGCACACACACCGACUCCGGCAAACAACUGUCGGACUUAGAAAUCCUAGAGCAAGUGACAGUACUAAACCUAGACACCGGAGAGAGAGUUCCUUUAAGCGUCGCCGAAGACAAACUGCCACAAUGCAUCAACCCUUUAUCUUUGCAUAUAAUGCGCAUAACAUCAGAGUACGUGAGCAGUUCCAGCAUGGAGAAAGAGAAAGAGUCUGACGAAGAAAGUGUGGGAAAGAAGUCUGAGAUACCUGUAGUAGGAGAAAACGACGUGGAAGUUGGAGGAAUAAGGCAAAAGACGGCCAAAUUGAAACGCUUCCUAGGGUCUACGGUGAAGAAAACAAUGCACAAGGCGAAAUCAAUUGCGCAGGAAGUGUCGCAUGCUCGUCAUAAAGAGGAUGCUAUUGAUAUAGUUGAUAAUGUUCAUCCCGGAGAACAAACGUGUAAAUUAAAGGCUGCCAAUUCACACAAAGGUCCCUACGAAUUUGAAAAAGUUGAACACGUUCAAGAACUAAACGACGAUCAGCACGAGGGGCCUAUUUGGUGCAUGAAAUUUUCUUGUUGCGGGAGGUUGCUGGCGACCGCUGGACAAGACAAGGUUCUUAGGAUAUGGGUAGUUCGGGAUGCCUAUCCGUUCUUCCAGGACAUGAGGACGAAGUAUAAUGCUGAAAAAGUUUCUCCAACACCAUCACAAGAGUCUCUAGUGUCUCACCACUCUGCUGAAAUAUCCAAUUACGCAGCUUACGAAGGGAUGACACCGGAAGAAGCCGCAAAAUUGACAUUCAUGCCGAAACCGUUCUGCACCUACACCGGCCACACUUCCGACCUUUUGGACGUCUCUUGGUCUAAAAAUUACUUCAUACUUUCUUCUUCCAUGGAUAAGACUGUACGACUUUGGCACAUUUCUAGGAAAGAAUGCCUGUGUUGUUUCCAGCAUAUCGAUUUUGUGACUGCGAUAGUGUUUCAUCCGAGAGACGAUAGGUAUUUCCUCAGCGGGUCGUUGGAUGGGAAGUUGAGGUUGUGGAACAUUCCAGAUAAAAAGGUGGCUGUGUGGAACGAAGUAGAAGGCAACCCGAAACUUAUAACGGCAGCGAACUUCUGUCAGAACGGAAAAUUCGCUGUGGUCGGCACUUACGACGGUCGCUGCAUAUUCUACAUCACCGAUCAACUCAAGUACCACACCCAGAUUCACGUCCGUUCCUCUAGAGGCCGCAACGCCGUUGGCCGAAAGAUUAGCGGAAUCGAACCGAUGCCGGGCGAAGACAAAAUCCUAGUAACGUCGAACGACAGUAGAAUUAGACUGUAUGACCUCAGGGACCUCAACGUCUCUUGCAAAUACAAGGGCUACGUGAACAUGAGCAGCCAGAUCAAAGCGAGCUUCAGUCACGACGGGAAAUACAUCGUGAGUGGAUCUGAAAAUAGGGAUAUUUAUAUUUGGAAGACCAAUCACGAUUACUCCAAGUUUUCGUCAGUUAGGCGAGAUAGAAACGAUUUCUGGGAGGCAAUUAAGGCUCAUAACGCUACGGUGACUUGUGCUAUCUUUGCUCCAAAUCCAGAGGCGAUCAUCAAGAUGAUGGAGGAAAACCAAAGAAGGCUAAUCGAGGAGGAAGAGGGUGAACAUAAGAUCGAGGACCCUGUCGUCGAACAGCACACCAAAGGAUGCGGAGGUUACGUUCUAAUCUCGGCCGACUUCAACGGAUGCAUCAAAGUAUUCGUGAACAAAAUGAAGCCUAAACACAGCUCGCUGCCGGUAUCCGCAAUGGCGUAAUCCCACUACAUACUACCAAAUUAUUUUCAUGAAUACCUAAUAGACUAAGAGCCGCAUAGGAAAAAUUUGCUAAUCAUUUUAGGCACCGUAAGAGUCUAUAACUUAUAUAGUAGAACCUAAAAGAAGACGUUUAAGCAUUAUGUUAUCAAUUUUCACACGUGUCGACGAUGGAAAAUCAAACUGUCCGCUUAUGGACCGGAUAAAUAAAUUAAUGGAUACCCCCCAUUGAGACAGGUAAAAUGCCCUCACUCCCAGAAUUUAAUUUUUUUGCAUGCUAUGUGAUUAAAAAAUAAGACUCAGCGCAAUUUUACGCUGAGUCUUACAACUUGCGCUAAGUCUUAUUUUUUAAUCACAUAUUAGGGUGGUCCGAUAAGUACCUAGCCGUCAAAAGAAGAACUAAAAUUUGGAAGUAGUGAUGAUUUAUUUCUGAAUGUAGUCUCCUUUCAGCUCAGUGAUGCUCCAUCCAGUGAUGCUCCACCUUCCUUAACCCUGUACAGGAUUUAUAUUAACAUUCAAAAAAUAAGAGUAAUCCAUAUCGAUUUAAUUUUUAAAAGUUUCAAACAAAUAUUAUUUAUAUGCAUUGUUUUGAUUUCAUAAAUUAGGUGACAUUGCUUCUGCAAUGUAGGCCACUCGUUUUGAAAAACAACGGAGUCAGCAAUUAUGUGCUAUUAGUAUUUCACGGCCACAACGGUGUCGUCAAUCAUAACAAACAAUUGGGAUUUAUUUAUAGAUACGUAGAAAGUAAAUAAAGAGAUCAGUCAGUAUUCAUCAUUCAUUAUUUAGAUAUCAAUGUAGUUGGAACAUAGACUUUGUCCACCAACUCGUUACUAGCGUAUAUAGUGAUUAAAUAAACAUAGUAUAAGUAUUUAGAGUAUUCCUGACAUCCAACGCCUAGCAGAGGGACGUUCAACUCCUUACCAAAACCUAUUUUAUUAAAACUCCUCUGAAAAUUACAUUUUCUCGAGGUCUGCAAAGUAGGCUUCCGUGGUAGUGAUGAUCUACUCAUUCGACUUAAAUUUAUGCCCGGCGAAUGACUUUUUCAAAUUUGGAAACAAGAAGAAGUUGUACAGGGCCAAAUAUCAAGAAUACGGUGGAUGGGACAGCAGUUCGUAGUCCAAUUUGGCCAUGGCUUCGGCGGAGGUAUGAGCCGGUGCGUUAUCAUGGUGGAAGAUUUUGGUUUCUUCCCCAAUUAAAGCUGUUUUUUGUAAAAUUCGGCGUUGAGUCCGCAAAAUAAUGCGGCACAGUAAAGCCCUGUGACUGUGUUGACCUUUUACUGGAAGUUUUUGUGUGAAAUUCGGCCUCGAAUCCGCAAAAUAAUGCGGAUCAGUAAAGCCCUGUGACUGUUUUGACCUUUUACUGGAAGUUUAUAUAGAUCACAUCUUGUGAAUCCCUGAAAAUGGUGGCCGUCCCCUUUCCCGUCGAUUGGACGCUCUUCGCCCUCUUCGGAGCACGUUAGCGAGGUGACGUCCACUGUAUUGACUGUUCCUAGGUCACUGAUGUAUACUAGUGGAACCAUGUUUCGUCGGUGGCUAUUAAACACCGUCUAAACUCCUUUAGAUUACGCUUAAACAGACUCAGAUACUGCUUUGAAGUGGUCUCAUGUUCGCGCUUAUUGUCCGAAGCUUAUUGUCCAAAAUUUCAUGUCGGAUAUGGAUAUGACCCACGUAAUGUUUUGAGAUGCAAACUGUCUCAGCUAUCUCGCGCACCUUCAGUUGGCUGUCGACCAAUACGAGAUCGUGGUUUUUUUCACGUUAUCCUCUGUGGUAGCCGUUUUCGGGGCCCCUGGGUGUGACUUAACAAAUACCGAUCUGCGACCCCUUUGAACCUCGUUAACCAAUUUUUGACGGUCGCCGCCGAAAGACAAGAGUCACCAUACACAGCAUCCAAGCGCCCUUUGAUUUCGCUGGGUUAUUUCCCUUCCAAAACAAGAGUCGAAUCGCCGAGAGUUAUUGUUCUUUUUCCAUUUUUUUAAAACUGCCAGACACGCAGGCUUAUACACGCUUGCAAAAUAAAACUACUCGUCCGAUGGGGCUGAAAUUUUGACAUAGGCCUUCUACAAGAAUGUAUUACUUAAUGGUAUAUUUCUCUUGCUGUAGUGGAGCUAUCAGGCGGAGAGGCUAACUACUUAUCGGACCACCCACAUAGAAUGUAAAAAAUUGAAUUCUGGGAGUGAGGGCAUUUUGCCUAUUUAUCGGGUGAAUGAAGAAGAAUCGGAGUCUCGAUAUGGAGAAUUUUCUGAGAAUGAACCUUAUGACGCGCUUAUGGAUAUUGUUAAAGAUGAAAUAGGGUAUUAAAAAUCAUUAAAUUAUAUACAAAAUUAUGAGACGAAACAACAGUGUUCUUAUAAGAAAAUACAAAAACAACAGAAAACAAAAUUUAUUUGACAAAAAAAAAAUGAAAUUUUCUUAACAGCAAAUACUGGAUGUGGUGAGCUAAUCUGAAAAAGAUGAGGCCUCAGAUUCAGAAUCUAUUUCUAUCAUUAGCUCAUCCUAGUCAUCUACAUUCUGCAUUUCAAUGUACUGAUGAGAAGUUUUGGGAUUUUGUUUUUCACUAGUCGCCAGCACAGUCAUGGAUUGGUAUACCCCUAACAAUUUUAAAUUGUGAGUAAUAAAAGUUACCUUAUCAGCCCGUUCACCAGUAACCCAGUUUCUUUUAGAGGAGUGGAUAAAACAAUAAGUACUGAAACUUCUUUCAGUCGAUGCACUGGAUGAAGUCAUGCUUACCGUCAUUGGACGAACGUAACAACUGUGUUGGCUGAAAACCAGUUGAUGAAUGUUUCUGUUGAUUCUUUUCAAAUAAUUGUCUCGCUCCAACCGGACAUUUAACAAGAUUUUUCAAGUACCUAUUGACUAUCCCAAAAUUUGCAAAAGUACUUGUUUUGCCUUGUACACUUUUAAUUUUACAGUAAUUCCAUAUAUUCCUUUUAAAACGAGCACCACACUCUCGCAAAGUUACUUCGGGGAAGUUCACCCAAGUCCGAAGUACCCGUCACUACACCCUCAUUCUACUUCGCGAGGAACACAUUCACCCCGGGCGAUAAGGACUUCGAUUCCUCUGACUUGGUCUCAAAAACUGCCACAGAAUUCAAGUAGGCCGAGACAAGCAAGUCGCAUGAACAACCUGUCUACAUACACUCUCGUACUCGCUGAACUUCGAUCGACUUCGAGGUGAGCGUUUUAAGUUUUUUAGUAAAUUAUGCUUUACUUCGAUCCAUUCUAAAGAUUAGCACGUUAAUAUAGCACCAAAACAAUAAAUACUGACACUGUAAACACCCUAGCUAGUGAUUCAUGGGAUUCCCCAGCCCGGCUACUCAGAUUUUCGGGGAUUUGAUCUAAAAUCGCGUGAAAGCGAAAAAGCAUUUCAUGAGCGGAGCGACAAGUAGGUGUUUGAGCUUCAAGAAUAAUGUUUGGGAUGCAAAAAAUAUACUAGGUAAAUGAGCAAAAACAAUAUGGAAAAUUCUCGAAAAUAAUGUUCUGCCCAAGAACAUUUUCGUGCUCGAGAAUAUUCUCUUGAGAAUAUUCUCUUCUUACAUCACUAGUACUCUAUAAUUGAUUUAUCCGGUCCAUAAGUGGAAAGUUCUCUUGAGAAUAUUCUCUUCUUACAUCACUAGUACUCUAUAAUUGAUUUAUCCGGUCCAUAAGUGGAAAGUUAGAUUUUCCACCGUCGACCUACGUGCCACUGAAAAUUAACGGCAUAGUGUUCAUACGUUUUCUUUUAGAUUAUGGGCUCUUGCGGCGUCUAAAAUGAUUAGAAAAUUUUUCCGGUCCGGCUCUUAGUCUAUAACAGCAACAGAUUGACGUAUUUUAGAUAUGAAUUAAAAAGACACGUAUAAUUAAGAGAAACAGAAAGUCGAUCUUGUUGCUGCUAGGAUUCGUGAAGAGUCUUUAUUUUACUUUGUGGCCAUAAUAUACUUUUUAUUCCUUUAUUGUGUAUAUAUUUAAUUGUUAUUGUUUAUACAAAUGACAGUAAUUGAUUUUUAAAGCUUCUUUUCCUUGCAAUGAAGAACAGCCAAAGUAUCUCAGAAUUUACCCCAAUGCAUUUGUUAUUAAUUUAGUUCACGGAGGAUUAAGUUGAUUCAAAUACUGUUUAAUUUUUUUUAUUUUCAAAAAAUAUACAGUGAGCACGUAAAGGUAUAUAUACAUAACCGGUUCUAUAGCGUUCUACGCCUUCCGGUACCCAAUCGCCAAGCCUGUCGAUCUAGCCAGUCAUUUUCUUGAAGAUUUCUUUCUGACAUGGCUUUUGUAAUUCCUUGUUUCCAGGAGGUCGGUGGCCUUCCUCUUUUCCGUUUUUCUGGCGGUAUCCAUCUCAUUGUAAUUUUUGGUAAUCUUUCAUCUCCCAUUCGUUGGACGUGUCUAUACCAAGUAAGUUGGUUUCGUUGUACCUCGUCCACUAUUGUUUUCUGCUUACCUACUUUUUCUCUGAUCUGUUCAUUUCGAACAUGGUCCCAUCUCGAUAUUCUGGCAGAUCUUCUAAAAAAAUCCAUUUCAGUAGUAAGCAGCUUAUUUUCGGAUUUUUUUGUCAUUUGCCACACUUCGGAGCCAUACGUUAAAAUUGGUUUCAGAAUAGCGUCGUACAUCCUCAUUUUUGUAUUUAAAUUUAUGUUAUGUUGCCAUAAGACAGGGUUUAGGGCUCUAGUAACCUUUCUAGCCUUCGUCACUCUAUCAUCUAUACUGGGUUCCGUUCUUCCACUAUUUGUUAAUUUAAUCCCUAGAUAUAUAUACUCUGUACAACCCCUGAUGUAGUCACUUCCGUCAAGAUCUAGGUCCUCCUGCUGUAUUUGGUUACCGAUGUGUAGAUAUUGUGUUUUUCUUAUGUUUACCUCUAAACCCCAUUUCCUGUAUUCUUCCAUCAAUUUUUUGGUCAUAUAUUCUAAGUCUUCCUUAUCUUGGCAACUACCACCUGGUCGUCUGCGUAAUUUAAAGUGUAUAAUGUUAUGUCUCCGAUUGGUAUACCCAUACCACUGCAUUUCUGCUUCCAAAGUCUGAGAGCACCGUCGGUAUAUAUAUUGAAAAGAAUGGGAGAUAAGCAACACCCUUGUUUAAGGCCUUUUGUUACUUGGAAGCUAGAUGACAGAUGGUUACCUCUCUUUACCCUUGACAUAGAAUCUUUAUAGAGGCAUUGUAUGGCUUUGAUGACAGUUGCAGAUAUGUGUGUAUUGUCCAAAACCUCCCACAAUUUUUUCACGGGCACUGUGUCAUAUGCUUUCGUUAGGUCGACAAAAAGUAUGUGUGUGUCUUGUCCACGUUCUAGUCUUUUUUCCAUAACCUGUGUUAGACAGAAUAUAUUAUCAAUCGUAGAUCGGCCGGCCCUGAAACCACACUGUUCUUCGGAUUCAUAGGGUUGAUAUUCUUCGCAAAUAAUGGUUUUCAGUAUUCUGCCAUAUAAACGGCUCAUUGUGCUUGUUACAGUUAUUCCCCUAUAAUUGUUGACAUCACUUUUACUUCCCUUUUUGUGUAUUGAAGAGAUCCAGCCCUCUUUCCAGCUUUUUGGAACUUGUUCUCCGUUAAUAAUUCUGUGAAGGAAUUCUGUGAUCAUUCGGAUUAAUUUCUUUGAACCUGAUUUUAUUAGUUCUGCGGGAACAUUGUCAGGGCCAGGUGCCCGACCAUUUUUUAAUUGUGAGAUAGCUUUCUGUACCAUUUCUGUUGUUAUUGUUAUUUCUUCACCUUCUACUAUUACUGGGCUUGAUUCUUCUUGUAUGUAUUGUGGGCGGUCUUCAGUCAGCAAGGAUUUAUAAUGCUGUUCCCAUGUAUUUGUUGUUAUGUUGUCAAGCUUUACAUUUUCUGUUGUAUCUGAUCUCAAUGUUUUGAUAAACCUCCACGAUUCUCUACUUCUCCUACCACCUAUAUAUGUUUCCAACUCAUUACAUUUCUUUUCCCAUGAAUCAUUUUUUAUCUACCAUACGUCCUGUUUAAAUUUUUUGAGGGCGUUUCUGUAUUUUUCCUUGUCUUCUAUCCGGCCAGUGUUUAACCAUUUUUGGUAUAGUUGUUGUUUAUUUUCUUUUUGUGUUUGUAGAUGUUCGUUCCACCAGCUAUUACCUUUAUGUAUUCUAUUUUCUUUUAUACCUAGCGCCUCUUUGGCGGCUUGGUGUAUACUUGAAAUAAUGUGUUGGUAUACGUUUUCUAUGUUUUGUGUCAGUGUUCCUUCAUCCAAUAUAUUAUCUAGUCGGUUUCUGUAUAGCAUUUUUGUACUGUGGUGUUCUAAACUUUCUAGAGUAUAUCGAACCGCUUCAAUUUUCUGUCCAUUCCCUGAGUCUGAGACACCCUGUUUCUGUUGGGCCCAUGAAGGCAGUAUUAUUUUGGAUUUUAUCAAGUAAUGGUCACUUCCAGUUUCUGCUCCUCUGUAUGCUCUAACAUCAAGGAUUCUCAGUUUAGUUUUUUGGGCCACAAUUAGAUAAUCAAUAAUCGAUUUCAAAUUGCGUGUUGUUUGAAUCCGCGUGUAAGUAUGUAUAUCUUUGUGUUUGAAGAAUCCGUUCAUGACUUUUAGUUCAUUUCGCGUACAAAGUUCUAUUAACCGCUCGCCAUUAUUAUUUAGGAUUUCUUCUCCAUACCUUCCAAUGACAUUACUUCCUAUUUUUUUGCCCACGCGUGCAUUCAUAUCUCCUAAAACUAAGAGCUCCCGACUUUUACCGAUUUCUAUUAUGGUGUCUUCUAAGGUUGCGAUAUAUUGUUCUUUCUCUUCCACUUUAGCAUCAUCAGUCGGUCCGUAUACCCCUACAAUUGAUAAACGACGCCCCUUGACGGUCAAAUUCGCUGUUAUUAUUCUAUCGUUUAUUGCUUGCCAACUUGUUAUAUGAUUUUUAUACUUCUUAUGAACCGUAAAGGUUAAAGGAUUAAAUUCAUUUUUUCGUAAAUGGGCGAUUUUGGAAAUAAAUCCCGAAACAGGUCGAUUUUUAUUUUUAAAUUAUAAUUUUUUUGGCUUAUAUAUCAUACUAGUGACGUCAUCAAUGUGGGAAUGAUGACGUAAUCGAAGAUUUUUUUAAAAUAAAAAUAGGGAUCCCGUGCUAGCUCAUUUGAAAAGUUAUUCAAUUCUCUAUGCAACAAUAUAAACAUUAACAUAAUUAAGGAAAGCUUUAUAUUUAAUUCAAUUCAGGGGUUACCACUAUCAGUUGACAUACGUUUCUUCUUUUUGGAGUCAUCAGAACUGCCUAUGGUAUACCCUGAAGCGAACUAAAUUUGGCUGUCUACUAAGCAACAUAAUAAAUAAAUAUUUGCUGCUGGAAGCAUUAGCGACAUCUAUUUAAACAAUAGAGAAAACAGAAAAUUCUCUUUUAAGUCGGAACGCAAAAUAAUUUUUUUUAUUGCAUAGACGGUGUCAUUUAGCCAGUCAUAACUUUUUUUUUAAUUCCUGUUCAUAUAUAAAGAAGGCAAUGAGGUCCUCAGAGUUCCACAGCUCUCUACUCAGUUUAAAAGCUUCAGCUGGCCCGCUAUGGACUAUCCAAGUUGCUCACCACAUUUUUCCAUUAUACAUAAAUGUACAUACAUAAUAUAUAAAUUAUCAGGAUUAAUAAGUUUAAAGUUUAAAUAACUUUAAUAUCCACUGUAUAUCUUGAAACUGAUAGAAAACAUAUAUGUAAGAAAUAAAACAGAAAUGAAAGUCAAUGGAAUAAUAACAGAACCCAUAAAAACAAACACAGGAAUCAGGCAAGGAGAUUCACUAAGCCCUCAACUGUUUAACAUAAUGUUGGAUGCAAUAAUAAAACAAGUGAAAAAAAAGAGGGUACAAAAUGGGAAAUAGAGAGAUAAAAAUACUCUGUUACGCUGAUGACACCGUGUUAGUAGCAAAGUCCGAAGACGACCUACAAAGAUUAUUGCACGAGUUCAACAUUAACGCAAGAGAAGUUAAUAUGAAAAUAUCAGCCCAAAAAACAAAAAGCUUAGUAAUUACCAAAGAACCAAUAAGAUGCAAAUUGGAGUUAGACAAUCAAAUUAUACAACAAGUAAUGACUUUCAAAUAUCUGGGAAUUAAUCUAUCAGCCGACAACAAUAUCGAAUAAGAGGUAAAAGACCAAAUAAUUAAAGCCAGUAGAACGGCCGGAUGCCUAAACGACACAAUUUGGAAAAACAAACACCUAAGAGUGGAAACAAAGGCCCGAAUAUAUAUAAGUCAGUUAUUAGGCCAGUUAUGACUUACACGGCCGAAACAAGACCAGAUACAAGCAAAACACGAAGACAUCUGGAAAUCAACGAAAUGAAGAUCUUAAGAAGGAUUGCUGGAAAAGGACUACAGGAUAGGGUAAGAAGUGAGGAAAUCAUACGCAUAUGUGGGGUAGACAAUAUAAAUACCUGGGUAAAGAACAGAAAAGAAGAAUGGAAUGAGCACAUAAGCAGGAUAUCUGAAUCAAGGAUAGUAAGAAUAGCCAGGAACAAGUCACCGUUAGGCAGGAGAAGUAUAGGACGCCCAAGGAAAAGAUGGGACGACAACUUAGGGGCAGAAUGAAAGGCACCGUUGAAGAAAAACAGGCAGUACUGCCUAUAUAAAAGAAGAAGAAGAAGAACAAGUUUAAAGGUUAAUUUUACUUUCACCAAUAAAUUUCAUUGGAAAAUCAUAUAUAUUUUUGCUGUUCAGAGAGAAUAGAUAGGAUAUAUUGAAAGGUGGAAAACCAUUACAUUUUAUUAAAUAUUGGAAAUUAAAUCUUGCAGAAUUCUUGGAAGCAAUCUAUUGUCUGAGCUUGUUACAAUAAUUUAUAAAGCAAUCAGUCUGAUAAAUAGCGGAAAUGGGUAUAAUUUGCAUUCAUCACCUGUCCGCUUAUCUAGAUAAAAAUCCAACAGAAUUCUGCUUCCUUAGUACUCAAAUAUGAGUAAAAUAAAAUAACGAUAGACAGUUUUAGAUUUAAUUCGAUUCAGUGACCACCACUAUCAGUAACAUACGUUUCUUUUUAGUGUCGUCAGAACUGCCUGUGGCGAACCUGAAGCGAACUUAAUCUGGCUGUCUACUUAGCAAAAUAAUAAACAAUUAUUCGCUACUGGACGCAUUAGCGACAUUUAUUUAAACAAAAGAGAAAAUAGAAAAUUCUCUUUCAGGUCGUAAUGCAGAAUCCUUGGUAACAAUAUAUUGUCUGAGCCUGUUACAAUUUAUAAAACCAACAGACCGAUAAAUAGCGGACAUGGGAGAAUCUAUAAUUUGCAUUCGUCACCUGUCUGCUUAUUUAUAUAAAAAUCCAACAGAUUUCUGCUUCCUUAGUACUCAAAUGUGAAUAUUUCCGAUUACCGUAAUUACUACAUUAUCCAAGCCUGCACUUCUGCUUCUGUGCGUCAUGGAGCGAGAUCAGGUCAUCCACCAGUUCUCCUAUUUUCGAAUUCAUUCGAGCAUAUUUCGCAUACGAAAUUAGAAGAAUUUUACUCGAAAAUUCAGUUUCUUGUAUUUUCGAAUACCUCAUAUACGAAUUGUUGUCAUUUCAGUUGUCAUUGAUAGUUUUAAUCGUUGUUGUAUACAAUAUUUUUACCUUGAACUUUCUUUUCAAUUGCUGGUUUAAAAUAAUUAUUUAAUAGACAGAAUGGACAUACUUUACGAUGAUGCAUUGAAUAUAACCUAACCCUAACUUUAUGUACGUAUUUUAGCAUUCGGUCUAACUAAGCUCUAAGCUUGACAUAUGACACCGUUGCCAUAUCCUCAAUUUUUUCAUACUAUCACAUUAUAUAAAGUUAUUUAAAAAUAGUUUUGAAACACCCAAAAAAGUAAAGUUUUGAAAGGUAAAUAGUAAAAUAUAAAUUCUUAAUUUUGUUCAUACUAUCACAUUACAUAAAGGUGCAUUUAAAAAAUCGUUUUGAAACACCAAAAAAAGUAGUAAAAUUUCAGUGUAAAUACUGGAUACAAAAAUAAUAAUAAACAAAAUAGUGGACAUUGUAAACCGAUAUUACUAAUAUUAUGCAAGCUUAAGAAUCGAUUGCAGCUAAUAUUUUAGCUAUUUGUUUUUAAUACUGUGAUUAUACCAUUGAUUGAAAUUAUACAUGAAAUAAACAAAAAAGUAUGGCAACACUGUGACUCUUCAGAUGAAGGUUAAGUCCAAUGUUGUUCGAAUUUGCAGAGUUGCCGGUGCAAAUUCUUCUCGUAUACGUAUUACAUUUCGAAGGACGUUCAAAAAUACACAUUCAGAUUCGUCUACGAAAUUUUUCAUUCGAGUUGUAUGCGAAGAAAUUAGAUUGAAUUCGAAAAUGCAACCCAGGAGUGACUACAGGAGGGGAGGAAGCACUCCUCCCGUCUUGGCUCCUCUGACAGCCCUUGGCUGUUUUGGCCAAAAUAUCCUCUCCUUGAAGCUCUAUUACAAUCAGCCUAUUUUUCGGCUGCUUUGAUCCAAUUGCAGUUAGUUACUCUUUUUCUAUAAAGAAUUCUCUUAGAUUCUUCGAAAUUCGAAUUAAAGUUUGUGGUAGACUUCCGAACCAAAUGCAAAAAGUAAAAGUAUAAAUUUUGAAACCCGCUAUGUAUUUUUAUUUAGAGAAUAAGACUAAUAGAUGGGUAACAUCACAUUUUUACAAUCUUAACCUGAAUUAAAACUUGAAGCAAUACAUAGAUGUACGUUUAUUGUAGAUUGAUAUUUCAGAUUGUUAUAUUUUGUAAUAUAUUUUGAUCUAAUAGAUAAUUAACUAUUUUUAAUAGGAAAUAAGCCACAAUUUCACUAAAAAAUGAUUUUAUUAACGUUUCGACGUCCAAAUCGGAUGCCGUUGUCAAAAUACAAAAAAUAGUAAUGAAUUAAACAAAAAUUUUGUUGCUUAGUAAAAAAUUCUUCUAAUAAUUUAUUUAAUCUGACUUAUUUAUAUCGGCAAUUCAGACAUAUAUUAUACAUUUUAAAGUAGAAUUUACUAUGGAAUCUCUAACGCGAGAAUUUUAUUGUCACCGUUGCAUGUGGUUGUCUUUUUAAAGACAUAUCACAUGCUAUGAUUUUUUUUGUGACGGAUAUUCGUGAGUUGGGGUUGAUUUCUUGUAAUCGAAUGAACUAUCUUUCAGUAAAGUCGGCCAGGAACGCAACUCAUAAAUAUUGGCAAUAUCAUUUUAAAGUCUUUUACUUUAAAAUGUAUAAUAUAUGUCUGAAUUGCGGAUAUAAAUGAGUCACAUUAAAUAAAUUAUUAGAAGAAUUUUUUACCAAGCAACAACAUUUUUGUUUAAUAUUAAUAUUUUUUAUAUUUUGACAACGGCAUCCGAUUUGGACGUCGACACGUUAAUAAAAUAAUUUUUUAGUAAAAUUGUGGCUUAUUUCCCAUUAAAAAUAGUUAAUUACAAAAAUGCCACAAGAAAAUAGCUUCAGAACAACAUUAAUAGAUAAUUUUAAACAUGAUUUGAUAAUUUGAGAUGAAACUGAUCUUCUGUCGGGAAAUUUUAAAUAAAAUAGAUUUUUUGUUUUUAAAAUACAAUUCUUUGAAGAAGAUGCUUAUUCCUUCAAGAUCUUUGUAACUCCUUUAUAUAAUUUGUUAAAGAACAUACUUAUUUUUAAAUGAAGGAUUUUUUUAGCAUCCUCAUAUAUUUCUAUAAUUACCUUACUUGUUCUAUUAUGUUUCUUAAAAAAUUAGCAUGUUAAAAAUUUAAAAGUUUGUAGGACAGCAAUACUACGGAAAAAAUGAAUGGAAUGAAUAGAAUAAUAUUAAAACAAGUGGACAUUCUGUAUUUAUGUCUGUCUAUAAAUAAAAAUUAGCUUGCUACAAAUUUAAUAGUUACGACGAUAAAGAAGCUUUAAAAAUUAUUUCGAAAAUAUUAAAUCAGAUGUUGUUCAUUGAAUACAAAUAAUGUAUUGUUUAUAACUGAGUAUGGUGCUUUAAGACGCAUUUUAUUGUAUUUUAAUAAUCUGUUAACAUGUGCUGUCCUCUAUUUACUUCCAUUUUCUAUUCAGUUUAUCGCGUUUUCUUCCUAUCUUCCUACAAUUGUAUAUUAAAGCCAUUAAAAACAACUGCAUCUACUAUUUUCUUACUUUGUCGUUCGUGUUAUCCAAUUUUUUGGAAAAUUUAUAGUUUUUCUGUGGAAGACACGAUACUCCCUCUCUGUAAAAAAUGGUUACGUUUUGUUUGCAUACGUUUACUAUGCUUUGUUUUUAAACCAGGAGGAGUAAACUAAAAAGACAGAUGCACACCCAAGAAAGUCACUAGAAAAAUCACCAAAUACAUUUUCUUUUUUGGUUGAUCAUGUCAGCCUUCGACGGUAAUCCAUAAAUAUUCAUAAAUAUCCAUAAUUCACAACUGUUUUUUUAUAUAGAAGCAGGCUAAAAAUCUAAAAAUUAAAGGAAUAAUCCAGAAAACACAAAAAAUCACUGAUAUAUCUUAAUUGACCUAUGAAACACCAUAGUGUCAAAAUUACAUAAAUUUCAAUAGUGUCAAAAGCUCCUAACAGUGGAGUAAACUUGCCUGCGGUUGGACCAAUUACAAACAGGCAUUUGAAUUACUCCUUCUGGUUUAAAAACUUGGUACUAGCCUGACGUUUGUCGCCAUAUGAGCAUUUUGCUAACAUUUAAUAGAAAAUCGUCAUAAAAUGAUAACGCUGUCUUGACUGCUUUCUUGCUUUGGAUGAGUACUUGAAGGUUGUGAGUUGAUCCUUUCUGUUGUAAUUAUUAUUUUAGUAUUCUAGUUAAAACACUUUUUCCUCAUAAAACGAUAAACGACGUUGGUUAAAUUUGUGAUACGCUAAAUAGAAUUUUUUGGUUGUUCUUGUUCAGGUGAUCUUAUACAAACCAACAAGCCUGAAAUCCAGAAAACAGUUAUGUAGACCCGUUAAUUUUUUUCUAUCCAAAAUAAUACGCAUAACACCUUAAAGUGACUCUUUCUGUUUCAAAUGAGGUUUAGUUCUGAAUUAAAAGGGAUGGGUAUAACAAAAAAUCAGUUAAUCUUGUGGGUUCGUAGGUUAGCCGGGUUUAUUGUUGGUGGACUGAAAUAUGGUUUCUUGGGUUAAGUGGGUUAAGAGUAUUUGGUUUAGGAAAAAAUGUAGUUUCUAGGGGUUGGUUGGUUUAAGGGUGUAUUGGUUUGACGAAUAAACGGUCUUGCUGUACGUGAUUUAAUACAAGAAAUUAGCAAUUUGUCUUGUGGAUUCUAAAUUUACGUGUGUUUUGCUGAUUGGUUAGAUAUAUGUCUAGCCGUGGGGAAAGACUGUGGAGUUAGUAUUAUAGCAAACUGAAAAGUAAUUGCGAGGUCAAUUUAACAUUUGAUUUUUUGUAACAUUUAACCAUACUUUAUGGGAAGUAAAACUAUGACUUGGAAAUGUAUAAAUAGAAUUUUUGUCGUUUGAUCGCAAAAUAAUUCUAACCGUAAAUAAUUGUUUCCAAAAUUAAAAAUUGCAAUAACCGGAACCAAUAGUUAAUAAUUAUUGUACGUUUUCCGUAUGUCCCUAAUAGAAAAACUGAAUAAAUCUGUUGCUAUUGCGCAAAACAUUUACGUAACGAAUAUACAAAUUGCCAACAAUGUCUGUAUCGAAUGGAGUCGUUUUUACCUCGGAGUCGUGUUCUCUUUAUCUCUUAUGGUAUAUGUAACUAUAAUGUUACGUUUUAUCUUUUUUUAAAUAAACUUUUACCAGUAUCUCAAAAGAAUCCGGAUUUGGUGUUUUUAUCUUACAAAAAACCUAUUAAUUCAUACUGUGAACAAAAUACUCACAAGCGACAAGUCAGAGUACUUCUUAGAUAGUGAUAACUGCAGGGUUGAUAAAAGUAAUUAGGAGUAUGUAUGUAAAUGUGUACAUACCUACAGUGCAGUAGAAAACUGCAAUAUCUGGGACAUGUCAUAAGGGGCGAGCUUUAUAACUUAUUGCAAUUAAUAAUACAAGGAAGAAUGCAGGGUAGAAAGAGUCGUGGAAGAAGAUUCAUCUCCUGGUUAAAUAAUUUGAGAGCUUGGUUUAACUACACUCUUGCUGAUCUCUUUAGAGUAGCGGUAUCGAAAGUGCGACUUGCCAUGAUGGUUGCCGACCUUCUUAGGGGAGAUGGUAUAUGAAACAGAAGAUGUACGUGUAUACUAAAUCUUUUUUACUACAUAGGUGACAGUUCAUCAUUAUCAUCAUCAAAGCCAUAUAUUUCUCGUUUUAAUUAUGGCCUGGGCGUUAUUUUGAGAUGGAGUGUUCUUCUUAAUAGUUUUUCGUCUGUUUUCGCAGCUCUCGUGAUUUUUUUUCACUUUCUCCACGUCUCUGCAUUGCGCUUUCCAGUGUUGAUACAUGUUUCUCGGCAUCUGGCUAUGGUGCAGUCCAGUUAGUUUCUCAACAUCUCAGAAAGCGAUCUCCUUUAUAUGUCCAACUCAUUAUACGCGAAGUGACUUUAUAUUUUUGACAGUGUUUUCUCCUUUUAAUUAUUUUUCAAUUCCUUCAUUUUGUUUUUACUUUUUUUCUUCGUUACUUGGUACAUUUGGUCCAAUUUACAGAAGGCUAUCGUUCUUUUUUAAUAAGUGUCACUGUUUUAGUUAUUGGAAUUCUGAGCUUGUCUAUUUUGCAAUCAAGAUGCAGUAGAGAUAAACAAAGCAAGACACGUUAAAUGCUACUAGGAGUACUCGCGAAUCAUAAUUUACAAUGUAUACAGGGUGUCCCGGAAAAUAGUGCGUUCCUUUAAGGUAUGGAGAGAAUACACAAUUUGGAACAAAAAAGUCCUAUACCAUUUUUUUUCUAAAGUUAACCGUUUCCAAAAAAAAGUUAACAUUGUUUUCCAUAUACCUGUAUUUUAAUGUUUGGAAAUUUUAAUAAACUGGCAACAUCGUACGCACUACGGAAUAAUAACAUAAUAAGAACUCGUUUGUGAUUGUGAUUAACAGUAUUUAAAAUAUUCCAACCUAAUAGUAGGUAAUACUUAUGUAUUUACUAUUUGUUAUUAUUUUUUAUUUUUUUUAUUAUUUUUUAUAUUAUUUUUUUUUAAAAUUAUUUUUUUUUGAAAUGUAUUGAAAUACCUAUUGCAUAAUUUUAAACGAAUUACACAUCUUUUAACAUAAAAACACAUCUUUUAACUGAACUAGUAUUAUGUAUUUAGUAAGGUUUAAAUGGGUUGAAUGCUGAGUAUUGCUGAGAGCUUUAACUGAAUUACAUAGUUUUAAUAGUUUACAGUGGAACUUAAAUACACCAGAUAAUGUCUCAGUAAUUUGUUUACUUGUGAACUGAAAUAACUAUGUUGUACUUACUUGAAAAUAAUUAUUAUACCGAAUAGAUGUUUCAAGUAACCUUUCACAAACACCAUUCAUAGGUAAUAACAUAAUAGGUAAUACACUCACUAUUCGAAAACAUUUUCGGCAUUGACACUAAACAGGAUUCUUUAAAACUAUCUGUUUACUAUCUAUCUUCUAUCUAUUUAUUUACAUGGGACUGUCUAUGCUCUAAUUUGCGUACCGCACAUAGUUGUCAGAUUUAAAUUUGCCUACCAAAAUACAUUUUAAUUUUUUGGUUAAACGGUUGCAUUUAGAAAAAAAUUUUAUAAGAGUUUUUUGUUCUACAUGGUGCCUUCUACCUAUACCUUUAAGGAACGCACUAUUUUCCGGGACACCCUGUAUACAUUAUAAAUCCCAAAUCAUGAUUUCCAAAGUUUAUACAUUGUAUAUUAUGAUUCCGGAGUGGCAUAGUAGCAUUUAACGUGUUUUGGUUUGUUUAUUUCUACUGCAUCUUGAUUGUAUAUUUAGUAUAAGUCUCUCGUCAAGUUGGAACGUAUGCCUUUAUUGAAAGUAAUCGACGAAUAUUACGGUCAUAUUUUAUUGUGUUACCUUAUAUUUGAACUAUUUCUUUUACAGUGUACGGUGUUGCUUGCCAGUCUCCUUAGUCCAUUUUUGUUCUGCACUUUUUUUAAUCUUCAUAUUAUUUUUUCUAAACCUGUGUAUGUGAUGUUCAGUAUUAUUCUGUGAUUUUUAUGUUUCUCUUGGUCUCGUUUUUUUAUCUGGGCAUUAUAAUUCCUGUGUUCCCUCAUCUUCCUCUUCUUCUUUAGUUUAUUGUCCUCCCCUACUUCAGUAUUUAGCCAGCUCAUCGUGGAGGAAUAAAGGAAAAAUCCCUUAUUCACUUACAAUUUGGAGUUAGUACAUUAUACAAUCUGCUUCUUUGGACAGAAUAUUUUGUGUUCUUACUUAUCUCUACCGCUUCCUUUUUGUUACCUUGCUUAACUCUGUAAUGACUAUAUUUACUAAUGUUUUAAUGAAGUCACACUGCGUUUUUCUUAUGAUUUUACUGGUUGUAAGCUGCUUUCUAUAUUCUUAAGAGGUUUUUAAUAAAAAUGCGUAAUCUGUUUCUAUAAUUUAAAUGUUGUGUUUUCAGUUUAAAUAUUCAUAGUUGUAACAAAGGAAUCAAAGUGCCCAUUGGUUCUCCCAUCUUUCCUCAAGAUUUCAUUUUGCUCAUUGUUUCAUACAUUUGCUUAUAGUCAACAAAUUUUUUUGUUUUGGAUUCGGCAUUAGGCUCGUCGAUAAUCUGCCAAGUUUCUAGCUGCUUCCACAAUUGUUUUUAUUUACACAUUAUUGCGGAUCAUGAUCAUCUCCUACUGUUCUUAAAUUUUUAACAAUACCUAAUCUUUCGUAGAUCGCAUUAGUUUUAACAACCCGAUAUCUAUGUUUCAAUCUAUACAGGGUGUUUCAUUGGGAAAGUAACAUACGUCAACUGUAGAAAGAGGACACUUGGGCGGUGUCAAAAAUACCAUACUUAAUGGGUCUUACUCCAUUAAUAAUAAAGAUACCGGGUGUUUUAUCUAUUUUGCCAUUUUCUUAAUUGGUUCAUAACUUUUUAACCACACCAUAUAUUUAUUUUAUAUUUGGCACGAAAAUAUCAGUUAAGGCGUACAAUAAAUUAAUUUAUUUACAAUUGUAAAAAAUCCAGGUCCGGAUUAAAAAAUAUUGGAAAAAUGUUCCGACCCAAAACAACACCCUGUACAUUAAAUUUUUUUAAAAUGGAUUUUUCAGUUGAAAAGAGGAUAAAAAACUAAAUUCAGUGGUAUACUUUGAAUAUUCGACAAAAUGGUUUUUCUGGUGAAAUUUUGAAUUUGAAUUCUGAAAUUAAGUGAAAUGCCAGUGACAACUUGUCAACCACACUGUAUAUUGAUUUUAUUUUUAACACGCGAAUAUUCUUUCAGGUGACCAGUCAAUUAAUUUAUUUACAAUUAUAAAAAAUCCAGGUCCGGAUUAAAAAAUAUUGUGUAAAUGUUCCGACCCAAAAAAACACCUUGUAUAUUAAAUUUUUUUAAAAUGGAUUUUGCAUUUGAAAUGGGGAUGAAAAACAAAAUUGGUAGUAUACUUUGAAUUUUCGGCAAAAUGGUUUUUAUGAUAAAAUUUUGAAUUUGGAUUCUGAAAUUAUGUGAGUUGCGAAGCUCAAAGUAAAAUAAAUUAAAAUAUGACUUAAUUUUAAUUUAUACCAUUAUUUAAUCUAAAUUGGUAAAAUAUUAACAUUUGCACACAUAACAAUAAUUUUUGAUGACCCCCUCUGUGGCUCAGUGGUAAGAGCGCCUACCUUUGUAUCGAAAGGUCCGAAUGGUCGUGAGUUCGAAUCUCACCAGGGUCAGAAAUUUUUCGUUUAUUAUAAAUUAAUAAAUGAAAAUAGUUUCUGUCCUCGUGAGAUCGGUACUCACCGGAGGGACCGCAGACGUUCGUACAAUUAGCGUCUCUUUGCAAAGACAAUGACGUUGCCUUUUCAAAGUAACAAGACACUUGCUCAACACACACAGUACACAUGACACUAGGUAUCUAACUACAAAAAUUUACCGUACUUACGUAUAAAAAAAGUAAUUUUUGAUGGUGGUAAUUUUGAAUAAGUAGUUUAGUUUUGAAUAGUUAUUAUGCUGCAAAUUUUCGCUGUUUUGUUAUAAUUUUUAGCUAUUUUGUUGAUUAAAGUGAUGUAUUCUUUAUUGACCCUUUAUUAUUUAUUCAUUAUUUAAAGAUGCAUAUUCGCCAAAAACUAUUUUUCACACAUAAUAAAAAACACUAAAAUAUUAACAUUUUACCAAUUUAGAUUAAAUAAUGGUAUUAAUUAAAAUUAAGUCACAUUUUAAUUUUUUCUACUUAGAGCUCUCGCAAUUGACAUAAUUUCAGAAAUCAAAUUCAAAAUUUUACCAGAAAAAUCAUUUUGCCGUAAAUUGAAAGUAUUCCACUAAUUUUGUUUUUCAUCCUCUUUUCAAAUGCAAAAUCCAUUUAAAAAAAAUUUAAUAUACAAGGUGUUUUUUUUGUCGGAACAUUUACACAUUAUUUUUUAAUCCGGACCUGGAUUUUUUAUAAUUGUAAGUAAAUUAAUUGAUUGGACACCUAAAAGAAUAUUCGGGUGUUAAAUAUAAAAUCAAUAUACAGUGUGUUUGACAAGUUGUAAGUUGUAUUUCAAUUUUUUUCUACUCGCAAUUCACUUAAUUUCAGAAUUCAAAUUCAAAAUUUCACCAGAAAAAUCAUUUUGCCGAAAAUUCAAAGUACACCACUGAAUUUAGUUUUUAUCCUCUUUUCAACUGAAAAAUUCAUUUUAAAAAAAUUUAAUGUACAUGGUGUUGUUUUGGGGUCGGAACGUUUUUCCAAUAUUUUUUAAUCCGGACCUGGAUUUUUUACAAUUGUAAAUAAAUUAAUUUAUUGUACACCUUAAAUGAUAUUUGCGUGCCAAAUAUAAAAUACAUAUACAGUGUGGUUAAAAAGUUAUGAACCAAUUAAGAAAAUAGCAAAAUAGAUAAAACACCCAGUAUCUUUAUUAUUAAUGGAGUAAGACCCAUUAAGUAUGGUAUUUUUGAGACCGCCUAAGUGUCCUCUUUCUACAGUUAACGUAUGUUACUUUCCCAAUGAAACACCCUGUAUUAUUAAUUAUGUUUCUAAUAAUGUUAAUGUUUUUUAAUAUAUUUUUUGUCAAUUCCUAUUUAUAGACCUCUUUGCGGCAUAGUUAUUAAAAAUUGAUAACCCUUUCUUUUCCUCCCUACUAUAUAGACUACUUUUAAAUAUUUAAUAUAACCGUAUACUUCCUUAUUUGCUUCGUCGCUUCGUACUCAUUUUAAGUACGUUUGGUAAUAGUAUUUUCGCUGAUGAUUUUUGUUUCCUAGUCUCUUUAGAUUCUUUUGUAUUUAUGGUAUUCUGUAUUAAUUUUUGAUUUAUAGUAUAUCGUAUUAAUUGCCUCUGGCAUGUUUUUUUGUAUUCAAUGAGUUUUCCAUGAUAUCUAGCAAAAAGAGCAAUCUUUUUACCAAUGCAAUACAGUUUAAUAAGGUAAAUCGUGUGAUUUUGGUGCUUACCAUUUUAGCGUAAUUUUUUGUAUGUAGUUAGGCUUAGAAUAGUUCAUACAUACUUUAUUUGACCCAAUUAUGAAGUUAUAUACGUUAUAAAAGAUGUAAUAUAUUUUUAGUAAUUUUUAAUCAAUUUUAGUAAUUUUUAUUCCUAAAAUUUUGUUUAUAAGAGGCUUGCGAUAUUAAUUUUAGCUGUUGUUUUUUGUGUACAAUUUGUUGUUAAUAAAUAGUAAAAAGACA